AUGUCGAGGGAGCGCGAGAGGCAAGAGCGGGGGGGGGCAGCGACACAACAACGAGCUGCGCGGCAGCCUGAAAUGGCAUGGCAGGGGGGGUUUGAGGGUGUUCCCUUCCUGGGGGGCGUGGGGGAGAGGAGGGUCGGAAAAGAGCUCACCACCUCGUUGGCAGCCGGCCAGCCGACCGUGGAUGCGCUGAGGCAAUUCAAGCCAAGUCCUUUCUUGGGCGAGAGAGAGGGGGGAGUUUGGGGGGUAUUCGACUCCCAACGAUCAGCGAUAGGGCAGGCUGGCGUUGCAGGGUCGUCGGAGGGCGUCCGAGGAAACCCGUUUCAAGAGGAGAGGCAAGUCCCGAGAGGAGCAUCUUUGCACGAACGGGUAGCGGGGCAACAAGACAUGAGCCCGCCGGGGGUAUGCGAAAGCACUCUACUCUCUGGGAGGGGGGGGUGGCAAGUCCGCAGGGAAGUAGGUUUUCAGCAGGAGUUGGAGGGGCAACCAGGAGUAACCUUGUCGGGCCUAUCCGGGGCUGGUCCGUUCCAAGGCGGUAUGGGGGGGGUGCCGCACCACCAUUGGGCCAGGCAGCUUGGACUCACCCCGUUGGCAGGAUCGGCAGGCUCCCCUUUUUUGGGGGGGAGGGAGCAGCACUUCGGAGGUCGGGGCGGGGGGGUGGAAUGGGAGGCCGGACAGGCACCGGCAGACUUUGUGGGCAGCCCGCUUUUCGCGAGGGACAGGUGGCGAGGGCAGACGAUGCACCAGACGAGCCUCCAGAGCUGGCCUGCAUCAUCGGGACGGACAACACACGGCCAAGCUACAGAAAACGUUCGUCGACCUGACCUCUAUGGCUCUCACGAACGGAGAGGACAGCCGGCUUGGGAGGACGUACCUUGGCUGGGAGGGGAGCGUCGGCGACCGGCAGACGCAAGCACUUUCGGAGGGCCGUUGAUCUCCGAACGUCUACGGCCAGCCCCGGUGGAUGCACGGCUCCAGAUGUUAGGCUCCGGCUUCCCAAUUCCGGAAGAGCGGAGGCCCGACCUGGCUUCGGAUUUUGGGGGGCCCGCCGUGAAGUUCUCCCCGGUUUUAGCGGCGGGCAUGGCGUCUCCGAACCUGGGGAGAGAAACCAAAGGCCCGACGUUGAGGAGGGAGUUCGCUUGCACGUCUUACAAGUGGUGGAGAGCGGGAAGACGACGACCGCGGCAGAAGUUGCUGCCCUGUUCAACAACGAAGGGGAAGAGGAAACUCAAGUCAGGGCGGAACGAGUGGUUGCGGUCGUUUCCGCAAAGUUGGGAAGCCUCGUGGGCAUCCACACAAUGCGUGAACGCAGGCAUGUUACUUUUGAGCAAGGCAGUUGACCCGGUGGAGUUGCUGCAUCAGCAAUUGAGCACAGCGAAGCGGGAGAAGGACGGGUUGCAGAGAGAGAUCGAGGGUUUGAAAAAGGAGCUGGUGGCGGAGCGGGCAACGCUGGAGGGAAGGCCUUCAGCGGAGAACCUCAAUAAGCUCCUGCAAAGGGAAGUGAGGCGGCUCAGAAAGGAUUACAACGGAGACUCGGAUGGGAUGGGCGAGUUUGACAUUCGGAAGUUGAACUUUGAGCAAGAGAUUGCCAAAGUAGACCCUCAGCUUUAG